UGUGGUUUUAUGAAAAUGAAUACGAAGACAGUACCUGUAUGUAUGUAUUCACUUGGUGUCUUUAUAAUGGUAUUAACUGGACAUAUGAGGGUUAUUCAAGGACAAGAAAAUUGUCAAGUUCCAGGUUCCAGUAGUUCUAUAUGCAGUACAUUAGACCUACAGGGAAGUAAAUUUAAUAUAUCCGGUUUACAGCCUGGCCAACAGGUUGCCGGUUGUCUGUGCAUUCUGACGUUUAACGGUUCGUCAUAUGUUAGUGGACCCAUAACUAUCAAUGCCACAGCAAAUAUUCCAGCGGGGUGUCAACAUGAAGUCUACUUUAUACAUAAUUCAACUACCAAGAGGUACAGCUGUAAGGUUUUUAAACUUAUGUAUACUUUUAAUGUUGCCGUCCAAGAUAAAUUACAGAUGAUUCUAGUUUCUGGUGAAAGAUCAACUGGUGGAUUUCAAUUCUGUUUCAAGAUUUCCACAAAACCAGAAUUAGAUAUGCGCCUUGUCUGCAAUGAAACAAAUACAACUGGAAUGAUACCACCAACUACUACUACUGCGAUUAUCUCAGAUACAACGUUGUCAAGUAUACCAUCAACUACUUCUACGGCGAUUUUGUCAAAUUCCACGGUGUCAAGUACAUCGACUACUACUAUUACGGAGAUUACGCCAGAUACAGCCCGGUCAAGUAUGAAUGGAAUGAACCCAUCAACUACUACUACAGAGAUUAAGUCAGAUACAGCUCGGACAAGUAUUAAUGGAAUGACACCAUCUACUACUACGGAGAUUAUGCCAGAUACAGCGGUGCCAAAAUCAACACAGACAACCACUGAUGAAAGGGUUACUGAUCAAAACACAAACUUAACAUCUACAGAUGAAAAUGAUGAUAUUGUUCAAAGUAAACUAGGUGUUAUUAUUGGUGGAUCUGUUGGUGGGCCAGCUGUAAUAAUCGUGAUCAUUAUCAUAAUUUUGUGUGUAAGACGUAACAGAAGGAAAGACAAGACUUAGAAUAGAGCCUAGUGGAGAUGAUCAAUGAUGAUAAACGUAAUGAACAAUUUAAAAUAGGGCCAAAGGGAAAUAAAUAUGCUGUUUGUCAAGAAAGAGGAAAGGAAGAACAAUGAUGUGCUGUGGUUAAUAAGGGGUGGGGUCGCACCACAAAUAAUUAACCCACGGGUUGAUUGUUUAAACAUGUGAAGAGGAAGUUUAACGUACACCAUGUUGUACAUAGGGAGACGAGUAGAUGUUUGUAUACCUUUGUGAAAAUAUAGUUUAAGGACUGUCAGCAUAUUGUGUACAGUAAUGUCAAGUGUAUAGUGAAAACGAGAAGGUAGUUUAUACCCCUGUGAAAAUAAAGUGUAUGUACUGUCAGCAUAUUGUGUAUAGUGAUGUCAAGUAUAUAUUUACUUUUCGAAUUUUAUAUAGAUUUUAUGUUUUAUUUUAUAC